UCUUCAAUUGUAUACAAAAGUGCACUAAAGUGGUGUUGCAUCAGCCGUACCGGUUGAAUGUGCGUAGUUACGCUUAGAUAUUUUUGGACAAUUUACGGUGUUUUUACACCGACUUCUUCAGUUUAUCAGUGUUUUAACGAACAUACAACUCCGUGGCUUGUACCCAAACCACGGUUUAGGACUUGUGUUACGAUUCCUAUAGACUUAGAAUGGCGUAUGGACUAUCUUGAAACGGUCCUUUGAGCCAUAUAUGCACCAAACCAAACCAUACAAAAGUGCACUGAGCGAUAAAGGCAUCAGUAACCAGUCUUCAAUUGUAUAAUAAAAAGCGCAGCAGAGAGAAGGAGAGAAAAGCAAAGAAUUGUGUUGUCAUUUUGAAAAUGACUGUGCAGUAACGAGUAUUCAAGAUAACAUAUGACUUAAAACAUAACCAAUGUUAUGGUUUUUAAACAUGCAGACAUUACUUUGCUGUAAAAUAUUAAAUAUUGUGAUGGCAGCUGAAGAUUUUAACAUAUAUGUGUUCAUAUAUAUGAUAAUAUAUAACUGAAUACAAUACUGAAGUAUAAAAUACCAUACAAUUAUAUAAAGGACAGUUUAAUUUAGACCAUAAAAGAAUACUUAUAUAAGCUGUGAUUAAAAUUACAACUAGUAAAAGCAUGUCUUUACAACAGUGGACGCAAUUACAACAUAAUAUACCAUGGAAAAUAUUUACUAGAGAAUCUUCUACAUAUAAUGAAGAUAAAUCUUCAGAGAAAUAUAAUCAUCAACUAUUAUUCCAAGGAGAUGAAGCACGAACUGCUUGUGAAGAAGUCAUUUAUCAAACUAAUAGUAAUGCUGCUGGAAAAAUAAGAUAUUUAAAAUCAAGUGUGGUUGAAAUUCAAAGUAAUUCUGUUAUAAAUUUAACUUCUGUUAAUAGAGAAUCAAAGAAAGUUGCAGUUCAUCAAGAUUAUAUAACAAAACUCACUGCUAACACACUGUUGAAAGCAGUGGAGCAAAAGGAUUUACAAUUUUUACAAAAUCAUGUGACAUCAGAGAAUGUAAAUAUAUCUGAUGAUUUUGGUUGGACUCCUUUAAUGUCUGCUGCUUACUGUGGCCAUUUAGAGAUUGUACAAUUUUUACUGACUCUUGGAGCUAAAAAAAACAUUAGGGACAGAUCUGGUCUUACAGCAGCCCAACUAGCUUUAAAAAAAAAUUAUUUAAAUAUAGUUGCAUUGUUAAAAAAGAAAUCGGAGUCACUAACCUGUAAUAAUCAAUUGUCAAUUAAUAUAUCCAAAAUAAAUAAUACAAGUGCUUUGCCAAUAAAAUCCAUGUCUGUAGAAUAUCCAGUAGAGAAUGAAAAAGUUCACAACAUCACAGAUCAGAAACUACAAGUGCGAAAAACAAAAUUUUAUUGUGAAAUGUGCAAAGAAAUCUUUCAAGAGACAACACCAGAAAAACAUGAAAGUUCUAUUCUACAUAUCUUUAGCAUAAAGCCAAAAUUGAAACAUACAAUAUAUGGAAUAUCAAAGCAAAAUAAAGGAUAUAAAAUGCUUGUAAAUUCAGGAUGGGAUGAGGAAGCUGGCCUUGGACCUAGUGGGAAAGGAAUAAAACAUCCAAUCAAAAUGUGUUUAAAAAUGGAUCGCAAAGGACUAGGACAAUUAGUAGAAAAUGAUUAUAAACUUACUCAUGUUAAAUCAAGUGAUACAACUGUUGUUAAUGGUGCUAAAUUACCUAAGCAACUAUUGAAAAAAAGGGAUAGAGAAAAACUACUUCAUAUAGAAGCUAGAAAAGAAAGAGCAUUACGUAUUGCAUUAUCUUAAAAUAAAAGAUGCGUGAAUAUUUUAUACAUGUAAAUGUGACAUUUAUUUAAAGAUAUAUAAUAUAAGUAUAAAAUGUAAAAAAACGAAAUUACUUGUUACUGUUUUGUAUACUUAUGCUUGUAAGUUUUAUCAGUUUUUAAUUAUAUACUUUAGUUAAAACAUUACUAAGAAGAUAGAAAGGAGGCAAUAACGCUGUACACCUGAUAUCCGGGUAAAAUUCUUUAUUCCGAAGAUUUAACAAUUGAUACAAACGUUUCGAUUCACUAUAAGAUUGUCAGUGUCUGUACAUAAAAAAGUUACAAUAAAUGCAUGGUCUAUUCGUAACAAAUAGAGAAGAAUAUGGAUACGGAAACGAUACGCUACAAACAUAUUCAGUUUGAGGAAAAAAGGGGAAGUGGCAACUCAGUAACCGUCAAUCGCACACAGGAAGACGCAAAACAUUCUCUUGAUUUGAAGACAACUGACAGACUGAGCAGCCUCUUUCACAUUCAUGGUACAUGUAACGGUCUUCUCAUCCCACCACAACAUUUGAAAACGAACAGAAAAUGAUAAUGCCGCGUUGUAAUUUUUUCCAAAAAUGAAAAAUACAGUUUCAGUUUGUCCGUGUUCGACAUGACAUUAAUUGAAUUGCCUUGCAAUUUGAUGUGUAUUAUCUUGGAGACAGACCUCUUAAAAAAUGAAGACUGUCCAAAACUUUGGUAUUUUGGCAAUUGAAAUUGUGGUCCGUAUCAAUUCUAUGCUGUGUAACGACAGAAACAUUCUCCGCACGACAAUUAAUCUGAUUUUCAGAAAUCCUAAUUUGGAGUUUUCUCAUGGUCUGGCCCACGUAUGAAGCAUCGCAAUGAUUACAUUGCAACUUAUAAACUACGUUUUUUCUUUGUUCGAUUUCUAUCGGAUUUUUAAUAUUUUUAAUAAAUUGAUUUAAUUUAUUGAGAUUUCUAUAAGCUAACAAAUUUCCAUCUCUCCUUUUUAACGACUUCGAAAUUGUGUACGAUAAUUUAUUGAUGAAAGGUACAACGAAAUACUUUUUGACGGUUUUUAAAGUUAGUGUGGACUCCGAACUGUCCGAUUUUCCAUUAAUUUUGUUUGCAAUCAAAUAUUUUACACGGUCAUUGAUAACUUUAAAAGUUAUUUCCAACGAAUAGUUGUUAGGGAUGAGGACGUUGAUUAUACAUUUUGUUCUUUGUCUGUGUAAGAUUUUAUUGAAUUCUGUUUGGAUGAUGGUUGAGGUAAUAAUUCACUCACAACUCUUUAACACUUCGCAGAACAAUUUAUUAAGCAAAAUCUCGCCGCGUGCUUUGAUCUCUCAAGGAGAUGACCGACUCCGCUGUUCGAAAGCGAAUUACUCUUUUGGUGGCUGCUCGCGCUUGCUGCCUACAGCAUCGGGCAAUUCCGAUCGACCCGAUGUGUGUCGAAUCAUAUUUACUUGUUAUGUACACGCAAGUACAGCGUGACAUACAAGUACGCACAAAUCACAGCAAGCUGUACAGAAUAUUCUCGAAAAUAUCUUACACUGAAACACAGUGUGGGAUAACAACAGAGCUUUAUCUACCAUUCCGAUAAUAGUUUUUAUUUUUUGAGAGACGGUGUGAGGAGUGGUAAUUUAAAUACCUGCAUGAAAAUAUGGACUUAUGGAUACCAAUCGCACAUGAUUAUCUCGUUAUAAGCACAAUCAAUUUGACGUCCAAAAAGCUCAAAGAAUUCCCAUUCUGCGUCUCAAUCGAGAACCUCAUGUUAUUUAUAUCCGUUGAAAAUAUCUAAUAGGUAAUUUAAAUCCUUGGCGGGCGCAAUUAAAAUAAUGUCAUCUACAUAUCAGUAAUAAAAGGUGGGUCUAAAUUUUAAUUUUUUUAAAACGGAAACUUUCAAAUUUUGCAUCAUUAUAUCGGUAAUUCUCAAAAAACGUAAUCUCCGUGGUAUAUUGACAUAAAAAACAUAGAUAAGUUUUUUAUAUUGCAUAG